AUGACCGUGCGUGAGGCGCUGAACGCUGCGAUGGAGGAGGAAAUGCUCCGGGACGAAAACGUAUUCAUCCUCGGUGAGGAAGUUGCGCGGUACAACGGUGCAUACAAGGUUACGAAGGGUCUCCUCGACAAGUUCGGCGAGAAGCGUGUUGUCGACACCCCCAUUACUGAAAUGGGUUUCGCUGGCCUUGCCAUUGGUUCUGCGUUUGCCGGUCUGCGACCAAUUUGCGAGUUCAUGACUUUCAACUUCGCCAUGCAAGCUAUUGACCAAAUCGUCAAUUCCGCGGCGAAGACGCACUACAUGUCUGGCGGUGUCUUGCCAUGUCCCAUCGUUUUCCGUGGUCCCAACGGUGCCGCUGCUGGUGUCGCUGCACAGCACUCACAGUGCUACGCGGCGUGGUACGGUUCCAUCCCCGGUCUCAAGGUCGUCAGCCCAUGGAGCUCAGAGGAUUGCAAGGGUCUGCUCAAGGCUGCAAUCCGGGACCCCAACCCCGUCGUCUUCCUCGAAAACGAGCUGUUGUACGGUGUGACGUUCCCCAUGUCCGAGGAGGCGAUGUCGGACAACUUCCUUCUCCCCAUCGGCAAGGCCAAGGUCGAGCGCGAGGGCACCGACGUCACCAUCGUCGCGCACAGCAAGAUGGUCACCCACAGCUUAGAGGCUGCUGACGAGCUUGCGAAGGAGGGCAUCAAGGCUGAAGUUAUCAACUUGCGCUCCAUCCGCCCGCUUGACAUUGAGACGAUCAACAAGUCGAUCAAGAAAACGAACCGCCUGGUCACUGCUGAGGGCGGCUUCCCUGCAUUUGGUGUCGGCAGUGAGAUUUGCGCGCAGGUCAUCGAGACCGAGGGCUUUGACUACCUCGAUGCACCAGUCGAGCGCGUCACUGGCGCUGACGUGCCUACGCCCUACGCUGUCAACCUCGAGACCCUCACCUUCCCCGAUACAAACUCCGUCAUCAAGGCUGCCAAGCGUGCGCUCUACCGGACCAACUAA